UAGUUUGGGGGAAGAAGUCAGAAGCAAGUUGCAAGAACACGCAGACCAAUGGUGGGAUUUACUGUAAAAUCAUGAUCAACAACGUCUACCAUACAUAUGCUCCUUCUCCAUUGGUAGAAAUGAUGCUGAUACAAUGCUUCUUCACUUAAAAGUCCCACUUGAUUCUGUCCCCAAAUGGCCAGAUACCACGAUGUCACAGUUCUUGGGAAAAUGAAAUUCAUAGUUGCAAACUUGCAAGAGUUGCAUAAAAUACAAUCAAUGAAAUUUUUGGUUCCAUAGUAUAUAAAAGCUAGUAGUACUGUGCUUUUGUUUCAUUGGAAAUCUGACCCGUCCAAUGACUUGAUCCUGUGGGUCACACAACUAUUUAACGAUCUUGAUAGAACCGGACAGGAUCCUAAAAUUCCAGCAGAGCUUAUCUGAUUACCAUAUUUGAGCGACAACAUUUGGCGACGGUUUUGUUACAUGCACACUUCCUUGGUAAUCUUGCGCCAAGUUGCCCAGCAAAAAUACUUUAAACUGUCAAACCGAACCAUAAACCGUCAAAAUACUGCCACGUAAGCACAUUUGUGUGAUUUCCCAUCAAAUUCUCCAUCCCUCUCUCUCUCUCUCCUUUUUUUUUUCCCUCUAAAAAGAAACAACCGAAAAAGACUCCAGAAAUAGCGGGAACCGACUCCACCACUCUUCCUCCGCUGGCAUUCACCGUUUUUUCUUCCCUCUUCCGUUGACGCCUCGCUGUCAAAACAUCCGCUUCUUUCGUUUCAUUUAAAUUGGGCUCGAAAAAUUACCAUUCAAUUAUUGGAAACCGAAAAAAGGGUAUACGUCGUACUGAGACAGAGGAAAUAUCGCAAGAGAUUAAAGGAUUUUCAUUUUUGGUUUCCUAAACAAAAGACUUGUGAAUAACAAUCAAAUUAAUAUUCUCAGGAAAAAGUAAAGUUUGGGUUUAAAAAAUCUUAGGCAACCAAUGGAACAAAAGCAUAUACUGUUGUCGGCGUUGAGUGUGGGUGUGGGAGUAGGGUUGGGCCUGGGGUUGGCUUCGGGUCAGAGCAAAUGGACCGGAAGCGGUUCGGCUGCAUCAACCGGCAUAACUUUGGAGAGGAUGGAGAAAGAAUUGCUCCGCCAAAUUGUUGAUGGCAGAGAAAGCCAGGUCACCUUUGAUCAGUUUCCUUACUACCUCAGUGAGCAGACUCGAGCAUUGCUUAUUAGUGCUGCCUAUGUCCACUUGAAACAUGUUGAUGUUUCCAAGUACACAAGGAACCUUUCCCCUGCUAGUCAAGCCAUAUUGCUAUCAGGACCUGCAGAACUUUACCAGCAAAUGCUUGCUAAAGCUUUAGCCCAUUACUUUGAAUCAAAGUUGCUGCUCUUGGAUGUAACUGACUUUUCCUUAAAAAUUCAGAGUAAAUAUGGAAGUGGCAAAGAAUCUUCUUUCAAAAGAUCCACUUCAGAGUCAACACUAGAGCGAUUUUCUGCCCUAUUUGGUUCAUUUUCACUCCUUUCACAGGAGGAGCCCAAAGGUACAUUGAGGCGGCAAAACAGUAGUGUGGAUAUGGGAUCAAGGGGAACAGAAGGUCCUCAUAAGCUACGUAGAUAUGCAUCUGUAUCAGAUAAUAUCAAUAGCCUUGCUUCUCAAUGCAAUCCUGCAAAUCCAGCUCCUCUGAGGUGGACAAGCAGUUUGUCAUUUGAUGAGAAGCUUCUUAUACAGUCUCUUUACAAGGUGUUAGUUUAUGUGUCAAAAGCCACUCCUAUUGUGCUGUAUCUUAGGGAUGUUGACAAGCUCUUGUCUAGAUCACAAAGGAUUUAUAAUUUGUUUCAAAAAAUGUUGAAGAAACUGUCUGGAAAUGUGUUGAUCCUUGGGUCACGAGUUGUAGAUCUGGGUAAUGAUGACAGAGAGGUGGCUGACAGGCUAACUACCAUUUUCCCUUACAACAUUGAGAUCAGGCCCCCAGCAGAUGAAAAACAUCUUGUCAGCUGGAAGUCUCAACUGGAAAAGGACAUGAAGAUGAUCCAAGCUCAGGAUACUAGAAAUCACAUCAUGGAGGUGCUUUCAGCAAACGAUCUUGAUUGCGAUGAUCUUGAUUCAAUCUGUGUGGCAGACACAAUGGCCCUCAGUAAAUACAUUGAGGAGGUUGUGGUAUCAGCCAUUUCUUAUCAUUUGAUGAAUAAUAAGGAUCCUGAAUACAGAAAUGGAAAACUCAUGAUAUCAUCAAAAAGUUUGUCACAUGGAUUGAGUAUAUUCCAGGAAGGACAGUCCAUUGGCAAAGACACGUUAAAACUGGAAGCACAAACUGAAACAUCAAAGGAAGCAGGAGCUGUUUCUGUUGGUGUGAAGCCAGAAUCAAAAUCUGGAAGCACCAAUCCUGAAAAGAAGAGUGAAACAGAGACAACAGUUCUGUUAACAAAGACUGAGGGUGAAAAUUCUGUUCCAGCCUCAAAACUUCGUGAAGUUCCUCCUGACAAUGAAUUUGAAAAGCGUAUAAGGCCUGAGGUCAUACCUGCAAAUGAGAUCAAUGUUUCAUUUGCUGACAUUGGUGCCUUAGAAGAGACCAAAGAAUCCCUGCAGGAGCUAGUGAUGCUUCCUCUCAGAAGGCCAGACCUUUUUAAAGGUGGACUUCUAAAGCCUUGCAAGGGAAUAUUGUUGUUUGGUCCUCCUGGCACUGGGAAGACAAUGCUGGCUAAGGCCAUUGCCAGAGAGGCUGGAGCUAGCUUCAUUAAUGUAUCCAUGUCUACCGUUACUUCUAAAUGGUUUGGUGAAGAUGAGAAGAACAUCCGAGCUUUGUUCACAUUGGCAGCCAAGGUCUCUCCAACUAUUAUAUUUGUUGAUGAGGUUGAUAGCAUGCUUGGUCAGAGGACUAGAGUUGGAGAGAAUGAAGCCAUGCGGAAAAUAAAAAAUGAGUUUAUGACUCACUGGGAUGGGCUCUUGACAAAGCCAGGUGAAGGUAUCCUUGUCCUUGCUGCAACCAACAGGCCAUUUGACCUUGAUGAAGCAAUUAUCAGGCGUUUUGAGCGAAGAAUCAUGGUGGGGCUUCCAGCUGCAGAGAACAGGGAAAAGAUUUUUAGAACUCUUUUGAUAAAAGAAAAAGUAGAAGGUCUUGACUUCACCAAGCUUGCAUCGAUGACAGAAGGAUAUACUGGAAGCGACCUUAAGAACUUAUGCACAACAGCUGCUUAUCGGCCAGUUAGAGAGUUAAUACAGCAAGAGAGAUUGAAGGAUCUGGAGAGAAAGCAGAGAGCUGCUGAAGGGCAGAACACAGACGAUGCCCCAACUAAAAAAGAUGGUGCAGAGGAAAGAGUCAUUACCCUAAGGCCAUUAAAUAUGGAAGAUUUUAGGCAAGCAAAGAAUCAGGUGGCAGCCAGCUUUGCUUCAGAGGGAGCUGGUAUGAACGAGUUGAAACAAUGGAAUGAUUUGUAUGGAGAGGGGGGUUCGAGAAGGGAGCAGUUAUCUUACUUUCUAUGAGACUUGGGAUUCAUUUCAGUUACAAGCACUAUAGGAAGAACUUUAUAGAGGAUUCACUAUUUACAGUCAUAUCCUGCAUUGACCAACGGGUGAAAUACUGAUUAAAAAACAAAAUAGAUGCUAACUGGUAACAAAGCCACCUGAGAAUGCAUCCUUCUCAUUAUCUUAAGUCCUAUUAUGAAGCAGGAAAAAGUUUUAAUUUUAUUGUACAAUAGUUUGGGUUGUACGUGUACAAGUAUAACUCCUAUGGUUAUUUCUUGCCUUUUGCUGGUUGGUAUAAUAAUUGCAGAUCUUGUGGAGAUCUAGUUUUUACUCAUUUUUACUAAAGUUACUAUUAAAUCCUCGAGCUGAGAAUACACUUCUAAUUUUAUGGAAAUA